AUGGCUGGGGGAGGGUGGGAUCAAAUACCCCCUCUCCUGACCAGAACACAUUUUACAAACGACAUUCUGUUGCUUGGUUCAAGGUCUCAGUGUAUCAGUCAGAUGAAGGAACUGAAAGAACAAUGUGAAGAAAGGAUAGAAGCUGCCUGCAAAAAAGGCAGUGAGAUACCAGAAGAAAUGAAGAAUAGUUCAAAAAUAUUAGAGAGAAAUGAUCAAGUAAAUAUUCAAGAGCCAACGGAGUUCCAGCAGCAUGACCUGACAAAACAGGGAAAUGAACUUCAAGGAAAACAUUACAUCUCUGAAGAUUCUUUGAAACUAGAAAUCUCAAAGCCUACACCACCCAUCAUAAAAAAUGUAGCAGAACUGGAUUAUCAAAGAGAAAAGGGAACUGCUUUUGCUGUCAGUAAAAAUGAACCCAAGAAAGAGGACCUCUUUGUUGAACAGGACCCUCUACAAAUAGUUGCUAAGCUUAACACAGAUAACAAAAGACUGCCCCCAGAACCGGGAAUGGAACAGAAGUCGUAUGAAGAAGUUAAAAAUGUACUUGAAGUUGCAGCAGAAAAGCAGGCAGACAAAUUGGCAGAAGCUAUGCGCAAUCAAAAUGCCAAUCAAGCGAAAGCAGACGAUGAAGAAGUUGAACGAGAGCACCUUUUAAAUGACGACCUGCAGCAGGAUGAACAGGAGACCAGAAAGACUGGUGAAUUUGGAAUCAAAACAGUAAACCAGGAUAACAUAGUGGACUACAAUUUAGAAAUGAACGAGGCGGAGUCUGAAACAGAUAAGCAAGCUGCUCUUGUUGACAACCAAAGUAACUUUAAUGUCCAGAAACUUGAAGAUCCCAACAUGCAAAACCACUUAUUUAAGCUUGGUGAAGAGCAUCAACAGAGACUGUGAAUAAUAAGUUGUUGCGGGAAACAACUACAAACACUGAGACAAGGCUUGAAAUGUUAGACUGAAGCGGAUCAAUUAGGGUUUAUUUAAAUAAUUUCUGACCUUAUUAACUUGUCUCCUGAUGUAAUGUUCUUACGAUUCCUAUGAAGUGUGCCAUGAAAACAUUUCAGGAGGAAGCCUUUUUUU